UUCGAACAGAAAUAUAAUUUUUCGGCUUUGCUUGUCAUCUAAACCAUUUCCUCAAAAAAAAAAUUCUUCUUUCCCUCGAUUUACAUAAAGAACAAUCAACCCAAACUUUCACUCAUCCAGUUCAGAGUUCUUCACAGGGAUUUCGUCCGUUGAGCAUACACCGAGGAGUUUUAGCCAUCUCCGACGCACAUGGAUCAAAGCACUACUGUGGAAGAAUCCGGGAAUUCAAGAAACAGUCUCGAGGUUUCAAAAUCACUCUCUGAUAAACAUCUUGAUCUUUUGAGGCCAUCUGCUCGAUACUAUUCACUAUUUAAGGCUAAGAUGGUAUGGCAAGCGCCAGAUGCAGGUAAAGGCAAGUAUACACUUAUCAAAGACGUGGAGGACUUCCAAACAGGGGUUUUCGACAAGCCUCUCCCGUGCUUUGGGUGCGGUAUCGGAUGGUUUUCCUUCCUGGUAGGAUUUUUAUGUCCGUUGAUGUGGUACUAUGCUACAUUUAUCUAUUUCGGGAAUCACUACCGUAAAGAUCCGAGAGAGAGAGCUGGUCUUGCUGCCUCUGCAAUCGCUGCAAUGGUAUGCUCUGUUGUACUGCUGAUCAUAAUAGUUUUUCUUCUGUUUUAAACCUAAAUGCCCAGAGUUGAUGUGUUCUUCGUAACAAGCGUAUACAUGUUUGAGUUAAAAGGAAUCAAAUACUAUGGCUAGAAUGGAGAAACAAGAGUCAGCUGUGUCCCAUAAGCCGAGCAUCGUUGUAAAGACACAACAGAUUCGAGAAAUGUUCUGUUCAUAGAAACUAUACUUCUGCAAUUGAUAAAUUUGAGGCUAAGUUUGUUUGUAAGUAAUUUGAUGAGUUCCAUUAAUGAAAUAAAGCUUGUUCCAUUGUU